AUGGUUUUCUUACAAUUCUUGAGUCUCUCAGUUAACAUAUUAUGUUUUAUACAAAAAGUACCACAAAUUCUUCGAAUCUAUAAAACAAAAAAUGUUGAUAGUAUUUCAGUUUCAUCUGUUUUACUUGAAGAAACGGCUUAUACAUUAGUUUUAACUUAUAAUCUUUGGAGAGAUUAUCCAUUAUCAGCAUUUUUUGAAUACAUAUUUCUUUUUGUACAAGAUAUAUUACUUCUAUGGGCAUUGUCGAAAUAUUCAAGAAAAGAUAAAGAUAAAAAAGUUGAUCAAUCAAAACCUUUAUAUGGAAUAUUCAUCUUUUGCCUUUAUCUAACGAUAAGCCUAUUCAAUUUUUUACCAACGGCAUGGAUGAGUGUUUGUACUAUGUUUGUAAUCCCUAUUGGUGCUUCAUCAAAAUUAAUUCAAUUACGAACCAUUGUUUCAAAUAAAAGCGCAGGCCAAGUUAGUCGAACUGGUUGGGCAAUUGCAUCUUAUAGUAAUUUUGCUCGAAUAAUAACAAAUCUAAUUCAAACAAAAGAUAUGAGUAUGGUUAUAAAUUUAUUGAUUAGUUUCAUUCUGAAUAUUUCAAUUGUUAUUGCUUGUACAAUUUAUACCAAUAAUCCUGUGUUAAAACCGACAGAUGAUACAAAGAAAAAGACAACAUAA